CUGCCUCCCAUCUCCGAUAAAGCUUUCAUCAGGGAGUGCGUGCGCUCCCACAACACGUACCGCAGGAAUGUCGAGCCCCCCGCCAGCAACAUGCGGUACAUGACUUGGGAUGUAGCUUUGGCAAGGACUGCCAGGGCAUGGGCAAAUAAAUGCAUUUUUGAUCAUAACACGUAUUUAAACGUGAGAUAUCACGGCCAUCCUCAUUUUGCGAGUGUCGGAGAGAAUUUAUGGAUUGGAAGUCAUCAAAUAUUUAAUGUCAGAUAUGCCAUUAAAGCGUGGCAUGAUGAAGUCAGAAACUACAAUUACUCAUUACAAACAUGUAGUAAAGUCUGCAGUCAUUACACUCAGAUUGUUUGGGAUGAUUCAUAUAAACUAGGCUGUGCUGUUGCUUUCUGUAAAGAAAUUGGAGGAAUAAGAAAUGCAGCAAAUUUUGUUUGCAACUAUGCACCACAUGGUAAUUUUCGAAGAAGACCAUAUAAAGAAGGAGCACCAUGCAGUAAAUGUGGCAGGAGGGACUUCUGUGAUAGGAAACUGUGUAGAAAUGAAGAACGUGAUAAAAUUGUUUAUUACUCAAGAUGGAAUCCACCUUGGGAGUUCAGAAUUAUCUGUGAUGAGGCGUGUAUUGCUGUUAUAAUUUCAAGAGCAUUGCUGAUAUUUGUUGGUUUUCUAGCUAUUUAUUUGUUCAGAAAACAGUUUACAAACAUGUUUAUGUCCACAUAAAUUUAUUUGAAAUACAUGCAAUAUUCUGAACAUAAUCUUUAAUGUUUUAAGCAAAAAUCUAUAUUAAUAUGAUUUUAAAGUUAGCUUUCUUUUACAGUAGUUUUGUUACUAUUUUAAGCUCCUUACAGAAAACUUAACAUGCUAUAAAAAUUAAAAAAUUAUUCGUAGGUAAGACCCAUUUUGAGAAACUAAGGAUGGCAUUUGAUGAUUAGAAGCAUUGUUUUUAAUUGCCAAAUUUAUGUAUUUAACUCUGUUUAGUUACCAGAUUUAUGCACUGUAUUCUCAGAAUUCAUGGAGAAAAAUGCCUAUCAGUUUAAAAAUUUAUUAUAGUUCAUGCUAAGCCAAUAUUUGAGGUGACAAAUGCUUAAUUUUAAUGCCAAGAGGAAGCUAGCAUCAGAUUACAUACAAAGUCCUUUUUGCUAGAGUGACAGAAUGUUCUGAGUAAAAUCUGUGAAGGCGUUUCUUUAGAAAGGCAGUUCUUCAGAAGUACUGAUGUCUGUGAAGCAGUACAACUUUGAUAUUUAUUCAGUUGUGCAUUUAUUGUUCCUUAUUCAAAAUAAGAUUGUUCAGAUUAUUACUUUGUUCCUAACUUCCUCUAAACCUUGUGUUUAUUUGUAAACUUUUGCUGUUCUAUUGUUUACAUUGUACUGUUACUGAUGCAUAGAAUAUUUACUGUCCUCUAAGUGUUCUGUAGUUUUACUAAAAAAUUUUCUUGUUUUUUAAAUCUACUGAAGCCUUUGUAUUCAACACUGAUUUCACUCUUCUAUCUCCAACAGAUCAAAUCUUUAAUUGUUUCACUUUCUUUAAAAAACAGAUGUUAUUUAUACAAUAGUCUGAAGCUUCUUUUGUUACCAGUAUAAUAAAAGUAGAUGUU